AUGUUUAGAAUUAACUUUGCUUGUUUCUUAUAUUUUGAGGCAUUUAUAUCUUUUGAGUUGAUUUGGACAAGUCUUAAUAAUAAUCAUAGUUUACUUUGGAUUCCAAUUUUAUUACAUUAUAUUGGGAUAAUUUUUAAGUUGGCACUGAUAAAAUAUUCAGAUUACAAAAUGCUAUGGAUUUUAGGAGUAGGUAAUGAUGGAGUAGUUAUGGGAUUAUUGUAUGGAUAGAAUUAAGAUUUAACCUAUUUAUAUGUAAAAUAGUUUUUAAAUUUUUAGGUGCUCAUAUUGAUAUAAUUUGAACUCUUAUAUGACACAAAAAUGUUUUAUUAUUAAAGUAUAUUGGUUUUAUAUUGUGGAAUGAUUUCUUAAAUUUUAUAAAAUUAUGUAGAAGUGUGGAAAUUGAUGAUAACAUUAGGGGAAUGUUUUAUGUUACUUGUAUUUUUAUACUUUAUAAAUCGAAAUAAGAGAAAAACAAAUAAUACAAAAUAAAACAAAGAUGUACAAUAAGAGAUGACAUUGAGUGCCAAAUUACAAAUUCUUAAAUUAAUGUAUGAGUGAUCAGUAAAUGAGGCCUUGGAUGACAGAUUAAAAAUUUAUAGUGCUAAACGAUCAUUUUAAAUGUGUCCACAAUCAAUCUGAUCUAUUUUUAUUAAUGGAACGUGAUAAAGAAGAAGCGAUAGAAAAUUUCUUAGAUGUACGAUGCGAUGCUCUUUCUUUAAAUCUAAUUAAAUUAUUAUCUGAAAAUAAUACACAUUUGAUUUCAUCUCCAUUCAAAUUACCAUUUAAUAAACCUGAUAUCAGAACUAUUUUAUCAUCAAUACUUUCUGAUAUCAAUUCAUAUUAUACAUAUUUUAGUGUUGCUGAAUUAGAUAAUAAAAAUCUAGUAAAUGUAAAGUUAAACUUUUUUGUAUUGAGUGAUAACUUUAUUGAUUACUUUAUAAUACAAUUUGAACCUUAAAUGAAAUCAAAUAGUAAAUCUAUUUAUUCAUUCCCAGAGAAUUUUAAAUUAAAUAAUACUAAUAAUCAUUAUAAUAAUUCAAAUCAUUCUAAAUAAACUUAUGAAUCUUUAUCAAGUGAAAUUUUAGGUAGUAUAUUUUAAUCUAUUUCUCAUGAAUUUGGAACAUUUCUCAAUUGUAUAUUGACUGUCUCAUCUGAAGCUAUGGAUAGUGAAUUAAUAAAUGAAUAAGUCAAAGCUACUUACAUUGAACCAACUUAUAUCAAUUCUAAAUUACUCUUUUAUGUACUUUAAAGUGUAAGAGAUUUUAAUACCAUAUUAUUGAAAUAAUUUGCUUUAAGACUUUAAGAAUUCAAUCCCUAUGAUAUUAUUUAAGAAAUUUUAUAUUUACUGAAUCAAUAAAAAACACAAAGAAAUAAUUAAAUUAUUGUAAAUUGUCCUUAACAUCUUCUCGUUUAUAAUGAUCAAGAUAGAUUUAAAUAAGUACUAUAUCAAUUAAUGAGUAAUUCUAUAAGAUUUACUGAAAAUGGUAUUAUUAUUGUCUCAAUUACUAUUUAUAAGGAUAAACUUAAGGUUAGAGUAUAAGAUAAUGGAAUUGGAAUGAAUUAAGCAGAAUAAUAGAAAUUACAUUAAUUAUUAAAAGAUAAUAAGAAUUUAUUGAGAAUUUCUCAUAAUUCUGUUGGAUGUGGAUUAGGUUUAAGUAUAUCUAAUGCCAUUGUAUUGAAAAUGAAUGGAAAGCAUGGAAUUCAAUUUACUAGUGAAUAAUAAAAGGGUAGUGAAUUCUUCUUUACAAUAUCUAAUUCUUAAUAACUUUAUAAUGAUAGUGUGUAUGUGGCCAGUCAAACAUAUGUGAAAGUGUUAAAUUAAACAUAUUACUUAGAAUAAUAGCCAAUAUCUGAAGGAUCUCAUAGAGGAUAUUUUAGUGAACACAAAGAUGAAAAUGGAGAUACAUGGAGAGAAAAAAGUUUAUUUAAGAACAGAGUUAGAUGCCUUUAAUCAGCAGACUCUAAAUCUUUUUUAGGAUAGACUCCAAAAUUAUAAUAUGAAGAAGAUGAAAUUGAAUCAAGAUAAGAAGAAUCUAAAAUUAUGAUUCCUUCUUUAUAGACUAGUUUUAAAUCAGAAAUAGUUAAAUUUAGUAUUGGAAGCAAUUGUUGUAGUAGAGUUCUAAUUGUAGAUGAUGAAUAUUUCAAUAUUCAAAGUCUACAAUUGAUUCUACAUAGAUUUAAUGCUCAUUGUGAUUUUACUUUCAAUGGACAAGAAGCCAUCAAAAAAAGCCUUUAAAAAAUGAAAGAACCAUGUAGAUAAUGCUAAAAUAAUGGCUAUGUUGUAUUCUUUUUAGAUCUUAAUAUGCCUAUAAUGGAUGGUUUUGACACAGUCAAGAAUUUAAAAAAGAUGAUGCAUGAUAAUUAAAUUCCAAAAGGAAUCUGUAUAGCUAAUACUGGUUAUGCUGAUUUAGAAAGCAAAUAGAAAGCAUUAAAUUCAGGAAUGGACUUUUAUAUGAUCAAACCUAUACAAAUAAAAGAAUUGGAGAUAUAUUUGAAGAGAAAAUUCCCUUAAUGA